GCACUGGUAUCUUCAGGAUCUGCUCAAUAGAACACCAUCAUGUGAUACUGGGAUAAGGUGGAGUUCAGCUUUAAGGGGGUGUCUCCAGCUCGCCUCACAAAUCUUUAGGAUCAGAGCUGGAGAAAUACCAGUGGAUGUUUUCCCCAUUGCCUGGCUCCUUGUUCUCGAUCCACCCUUCUGCUCAAACCCUCACCAAAUCAAGGAACAGAGGGAAAUACGAUCAAUUACAAGACAGCAAUUCUGUCUGAGAUUAAAGUGAUCGGAGUUGCUGAUUUGCCUUUGACCCAAUGUCAGCUGCACGUUAGUGACCAGCCAGUCAACAGUAGAAAAUCAAUUAGAUUGUUAUCAAGGUUAUCAAAGAAAUGAAGUGACAGCUUUUGGUGAGAUCCUGCUGCUUGAGUGAUGAGAACAUUUUGAGCUUCUGAAACCAUUCGGAAGAAACUCAGUGCAGUCGAGACCAAUGCAGGGCAUGGACGCAAGUUCCAACAACAUGAACACAUCAUUUCUCUCCUCUGCUGGGAAUCAGUCCAUCCACCUGAACUUUUCAGAGAAGAAUUCCAGAACCAUACACUUCCACGAUGAAGAUUGCCACAUGCCAUUGGCCAUGGUCUUCACCUUGGCUCUGGUUUAUGGGGCUGUGAUCAUUCUUGGUGUUUCUGGAAAUCUAGCCUUGAUUAUCAUCAUCUUAAAACAGAAGGAGAUGCGCAAUGUUACCAACAUCCUUAUUGUCAACCUUUCCUUCUCAGACCUUCUAAUGACCAUCAUGUGUCUCCCCUUCACUUUUGUAUACACUUUAAUGGACCACUGGAUUUUCGGGGAGGCCAUGUGCAAGCUGAAUCCUUUUGUGCAGUGUGUCUCAAUCACAGUCUCGGUUUUCUCUUUGGUCCUCAUCGCAAUUGAACGCCACCAGCUGAUCAUCAACCCUCGAGGGUGGAGGCCGAAUAACAGACAUGCCUACCUAGGGGUUGCUGCCAUCUGGAUUCUAGCCAUGGCUUCCUCCUUGCCUUUCCUGGUUUAUCAUGUAUUAACUGAUGAACCCUUCAAAAAUAUAACCAUCGAUGAAUAUAAGGACAAAUAUGUGUGCUUGGACUUGUUCCCUUUGGACACUAUCAGGCUUUCUUAUACCACAGCUCUGUUGGUGAUACAGUACUUUGGACCACUUUGUUUUAUAUUUAUUUGCUACUUAAAGAUAUACAUACGCUUAAAACGAAGGAACAACAUGAUGGACAAGAUGCGAGACAAUAAAUAUAGAUCCACUGAAACCAAAAGGAUCAACAUCAUGCUGAUCUCUAUUGUGGUUGCAUUUGCAGUCUGCUGGCUACCUCUUACCAUCUUUAAUAUUGUGUUUGACUGGAAUCAUGAAAUUCUACCUGUUGCCACCUGCAGCCACAAUUUGUUGUUCUUGAUUUGCCACCUCACAGCCAUGAUCUCUACUUGUGUGAACCCUAUCUUUUAUGGAUUUCUCAACAAGAACUUCCAGAGGGACUUGCAAUUUUUCUUUCAUUUUUGUGAUUUUCGCUCCAGGGAUGAUGAUUAUGAGACUAUAGCCAUGUCCACCAUGCAUACAGAUAUUUCGAAGACCUCUUUGAAGCAAGCAAGCCCAGUAGCAUUUAAAAAAAUAAAUAAUGAUUAUGAUGAAAAAAUAUAACCCCCCAUCUAACCCAAAAUGUUGGCAGUAUGGUCACAGGUGAUAUGGGCCCAAGGAAAAGCACAAACUUGUAACAAAAUGGGUAAUGUUUUUUCUUUUUUUAAGGAACUCUUUUGUCACUUUGAAAUCAUAUGCUGUGCAUUUUUCCCUAUUGAUGCUUUCAUAUUCACAGCAGUUAUAUUUGAAUCACACUAUAAGACAUUGUUGGACCUGCUUCUAUUUAGGGUUUUCAUCAGCUGUCUUUUGUUGCAAAGUUAUGCACGUCUGCACUAAGAUUUAUCUAUUGUAUUUAUCAAAAAUGAAUAUUUUUUCAGCAGUGUGAAUAGAUACAAAUCCAUUGGAAACAAUAGUGGUCUGAAUGAGACUAUCACUAAAGAAGACAUCUAGUCUGGCAUAAAAUUAGAUCAUUCUGAAUUGAAGAGCUUUAUUUUUUUUAAUCCAGUUUUAGAGCAGUAUUAAAUAAAAGCCUAUUUGCUGGAAUAACCAGACAAGAAUGACUCCCUGACAAACCCUUAGAUUAAAUUAAAUUAAAUGGUGUUUUUUAAUCAAUUAGGAUCAAAGAAAGAAUUAAGGGCCAAUUUCUGUUCUUAUUUAUACUACUGAAAAUCCAGAGUAAUUCCUGAGUGCAGUGGAGUUUCACCAGUGUAACUCUUAGCAGAAUUUAGCUCUUAAUCCUGUCUUUGAAUUUAAUCCUAACAUUUUACAGCUAAAUU